GAUCAGCGCUUGUUCGUCGACAACGUUUAUAGUGAAGUCGAGGGUAAUGAGCUCCGUUUAGCUACCAACUACUCUUGCUCUCUCAUUCUCGAAAAGUUGCUCAAGAUCUCGAACCCAUUCCAGCUCCGUGUCUUUAUGGACAAACUCAGGGGACGAACUGUCGAAUUGUUCGCUCAUCGUUUUGCUUCCCAUGUGUGCCAAACUGUAGUAACUCUUGCUGCUGACGUUGUUGAACAGGAAGUAAACGAAAACGGCUCCAAUGAGAACAAGAUGGACACAUCUGAGGACAAUAAAGAAGGCGAACUUCUUUCAAUGGAAAAACUUAUUUUGGGAAUGUGCGAGGAUAUUAAACCUGUCGUAGGCGGUCUUAUUUCUCAGCAAUUUGCUUCCCAUGUUAUCCGUGUCUUGUUGUUUGUUUUGGCUGGAAAGCGUGUCGAUGAAACUAAUGACGUAAAAGGACAAUUGAGAAGCAAGAGAUCCACAAAGUACAAGACCGAGAACAACGACACUCUCACAAAGUAUUCUUCAAAAGCCUCGCCCAUCAGAAACGUUCCUGCAUCAUUCAAGGAGAUGUUCCGCACAUUGUCUACCGAAUUAGCAAUAACCUCUUCAGAGACUGAUGUGCGCGCUUUGUCUGUACAUCGUGUAGCAAGCCCAGUUCUCCAACUCUUAUUGGAAAUGCAGGAAGAGGAUUCAGAGGGUCAAAAGGCAAAGAAUGUUCUUUUGGAUCGUAUCUUGUGGGGUGUUGUAUCUGAUGUUACCAAGCCUACUGAGAACAAGGAUCGUGACUCUUGGUUCGAGACCCUUAUUCGUGACCCUGUUGGAUCGCAUUUGUUGGAAGUAAUCUUCAAGGUUGCUCCUACUCCUGUCUACAACAAAAUUUACACGCAUUACUUAAAGAAAAAGCUGGAGAAGUUUAGCUUAAAUCCAAUCGCCAAUUUUGUGAUUCAGAAUUUCUUGACCAACGCCAGAAACGCAGAGCAGUUUGAAAAGAUAGUUAAAGAACUCAGUGGAUCCUUUGAAAAAUUGAUGAAGAAUGGCAAGUUUGGUGUUAUCCGUAGUCUUGUCGAUGCUUCGUUGAAGUUGGGUACAGCCGAGAAAGAUAUUGUAAAUGGCCUUGCAGGCGCACUACACAUGCCGACUGAUGGAAGUCAAGAAUUUGUCAAUUGUGUUAUGCGUAUGUGGACAUAUGAAGACUGGAUGGCUGCUUCCGAAGAGGAAAAGAAGAACCUUCGUAACUUCCACAUGCAGGGCUCAUUAUUGUUACAAUCUAUUAUGAAGAUGCCAGCACAAUACAACGCAAUUGCAACAACAAGUUUCUUGUCUCAAAGACCUGAUGUCACAUACCAGUGGUGCUUCUCCCCUGUCGGAUCCCGUGCUUAUGAGUCAAUUUUAACAUCACCUACUGUCAAUGACAAGAUGAAGAAAAAGAUCAUGCGCAACUUGCAAGGUCACUAUGCUGAUCUCUCAAAGGACAAGUUUGGCAGUCAUAUUGUAGAACACUGCUGGGCUGCUGCAGAUAUUGAUAUGAAGGAACGUAUUGCUUCUGAACUUGUGAAACGUGAAUACGAUCUUUCAGAACAUUAUAUUGGUAAAUGUAUCCUCUGGACUUGCAAGAUUGAUCAAUACAAGCGGAGACACGACGAGUGGGUCGAGAGAGAGAAGGGUGUGGAGCGUAAGAAGGAUCUUUUCAAGGAUAUCUUGGGAGACGAUAUCAAGCUUUCUGGAAAGCGUAAAAACAAACAGGCAUAA